AUGGCGAAUGCUGUUGGUAGGCAGCAGCCAGUAAGAGGACAGACGGGCUGGCUGCCUGUUCCACAUCUUACCACCAUUACCGACGGCUGCUGCGAGGGCUGGACCAGCAAACAGCCACGCCAAUAUUCCGAUGAGGUAGCUCUGGUCAAGUCCGUGUUCCCUGGUGUGACACGAGACAAAUGA